UGCGAGAUAGUGCGUUGGAAUAAAUGUAAUUUCACAGCGCGAUUUAAUCGUCAGUCUGCAAUGAGUCGCCGAUAGAGACUCAUCCAUAUUGGAUCGUAACUAGACAAAAGUCGGGAAAGAGAUAUUUUUGCGCCUUCGCGUGUGUUGGUCACUCGACGUGCACGAUUGUUGCUUGGGAAACAGCUGACUCCUUUGCAUGUGAAGUGUGUGUUUGGCUGAUUGUGUUGAUGAAAAAGAGGCACUUUUGUGAGGGAAGGCAAAGCCAAAGGCGCUUCGCAACAAGAGAUCGGCUUGCCGCAUCCGCGAUCAGUUGCUCGUCAAUAUUUGCGGUGAAAAGAAGAAAUUUCACUCAUCAUCGCGAAGACCAACUCUCCUCAACCAUCUCGCAACUGUACCAAAAGUAUUACAAAAGAAGUGUGGACUCUUUUUCCUACCAACACCGCCACUGUGUCCAUCCAUUUAUUGACACUAUAAUUAUGUGAAGCCAAAUCGCUCAUUGUCUCCAGAGUAUUGAUAUGAGUGAUUACAGCCCGAGUGUGUCUCCGCAUUUAUGUUCCUAACAAAGUGAGAUCAAUUGAUCAGUUGAAGUGCGUGUGAUAGCUCAUAAAAUCAGCCCCUCUGAAGGACUUUGCUUCCAGCAGAAACUGAUAAUCAAUUACAGUCUAUUUGUAUCUUGUUAAAAAGUUAUUUGACUCGCUGUGAAAAACAUUGCGUCAUUGGACACUUCUUCACAAGUCAAACACUCGCACGCGUGCAGGCAGAAGGUUAGGGGCCGCGGGCAAGAAUGCCAGAGGAGAAGGUCCAUCAGGGUAAAAUCUCUGAGCCGCUGAGCAAGGGCGAGAAGAUUGAGCCAUUCGAGGAGGAUGAACUGAUCUUUGGCAAUGCCACACGAAAGAAGUUUUCACCGAUGUGGCGACAGGUAUGGGCUGCAACCGGAUGUAUUUUAGCCACCAUUUCCGCGGGAAUGACCUCAGGAUAUUCCGCCACACUCUUGCCCCAGUUGCAGGCGAAUGACAGUGAGAUUGUCAUCACGCACGAUGAAUCCACGUGGAUUGCGUCGAUGGCGGCCCUUCCCAUGGCCGCCGGCUGCCUGAUGGCCGGCUACAUGAUCGAGCUGUUUGGCCGCAGGAUGUCCCACCUGAUCCUGUGCGUGCCCUUCGUCGUGGGCUGGGUGAUGAUCGGCAUGGCGCGCACAAUUGUGUGGAUUCUCAUCGGCAGAUUCCUCACAGGCCUCUGUGUGGGCCUCCUGGGGCCCGUCGGGGCGGUGUUCAUCGGUGAGACGAGCGGCCCCAAGUACAGAGGCAUCCUGCUGGCGGCCAUCUCGCUGGCCAUCGCCGUGGGGAUCCUCAUAGCGCACAUCAUAGGAACUUUUCUCAAUUGGAAGGUGACGGCGAUCAUCUGUGCAAUCUUCCCGCUGCUGUGCUACAUUGUUGUCUUCUUUGUACCUGAAAGUCCCUCGUGGCUGCUGUCCAAGGGUGACGUGUCAAAGGCCACGGACGCCUUCUUCUGGUUGCGCGGCUACGACGAGGAGGCCAUCGCUGAGCUCAAGAGUCUGAUGAAGAAGUACCAAAAGAGCGACAAUCAGAAGACCACGUGGCGAGAGACGUUCGAGAAGAUCAGACAGCCCACAUUCUGGAAGCCACUUGUGAUCCUGCUGGUGUUCUUCUUCACGCUCCAGUUCUCAGGCGUGAACACCGUGGCCUUCUACUCAGUGACCAUCAUGAAGGACACCCUCGGAGAUGGCAUCAACGAGUACCUGGCGAUGAUCAUUCUGGACAUUGUCCGGACAAUCAUGUCGGUGCUGGCGUGCGUUCUGCUGCGAGUGGCCGGAAAGCGGCCACUCUCCAUCGUCAGUGCCUUCGGCACGGCCAUCUCCAUCUUCGGGCUGUCGGGAUUCCUGCUCUUGGCGCCGCCAAACUCCUCAUCCCUCGCCUGGAUCCCGCUGGUGUGCCUCGUUAGCUACAUUUGCUUCGUCAGUAUUGGUCUGAUGCCCAUCCCGUGGUGUCUCACCGGCGAGGUGUUCCCUCUGUCGGUGCGCGGCAUCGGGUCGGGCAUCUCGUCGGCCUUCAACUUCUUCACCUUCUUCGUGGUGGUGCAGACGGGUCCCUACAUGUUCCGCAGCUUCACCACGCCCAUCACGUUUGCCAUCUACGGCUCCGUGGCGUUCUUCGGGGGCAUCUUCCUGGUGUUCUUCCUGCCAGAGACGCGCAACAAGACACUCCAGGAGAUCGAGGAGACUUACAUGAGACGAAAAGACAAAUCACAACCGUGAGAGAUGCUCAGCAAUCCUUAGGCCGUUCUAUAUCGUAUGUGUGUUUUAGUCACAUUCAAGCAAUUAAUUCGACUCUAGGGUACAACGAGAAAU